AUGUCGCUUGACUCUCAGAUAACAGCGCUGACAAGCGCCGUGCAAUCCAACAGGCAAAGUAUUGACGAUGCCACUCGGUUCAAGGCCAUCAAAGCUGCCCAGGACUUACUGGCAGCUCUGGGUUCCCCAGCUGAAACCGUCAUACAGGAUGUCGUCCUGAACUCGGUCCUUCUCAUGGCACUUCGCAUGGGUGUCCAGCUCGGUGUUUUCACGGCAAUCAGAGAUAAUCAAGGCCAGACGACGACAACGCAGCAGAUCGCUGAUAAAUCCGGUGCAAGUGUAGUUCUCGUGGACCAAAUCAUGAGGUUGCUCACAGCGUCCGGUUAUGUUCUCGAAGAGGAUGUCCAGACAUACAAGCCUUCACCCCUCACGAUGGUGAUGGCUGAGCAGACUUUCGAGGCGACAACAAGAGCAUGCUUCGAUAUUGGCAACUUCUGUACCACGAGAGCCCCGGAGUUCUUUCGGAAGAACAACAACCAGUUUCCUGAAUCUGCCAAAAACACGCCUUUCCAGCUGGCAAUGAACACGGAACUCAGCUACUUCGAGUGGCUUGGCCAGAAUCCUGAGCUGGCAAGAGACUUUCAACAAUGGAUGACCCUGAAGCAGCAGGCAACACCAAACUGGUUUGAUUGGUUCGACAUUAGAGGCUCUAUCCUGGAUGGAUUCAACAGUAACUCUGCUGACAAUGUCUUGAUGGUUGAUGUCGGAGGAGGCGAGGGGCACUAUCUGCACGCGCUGAAUGAGAAACUCCCGUCUCUUCCUGGGCGUUUGGUCCUGCAGGACUUGCCGCAUGUUGUGUCAAGUAUAGAGAAUCCUCCAAAAGGAACCGAGCUGAUGCCGCAUGAUUUCUUCACUCCACAGCCAGUGAAAGGUGCUCGGGUAUAUUAUAUGCACUGGAUCUUGCAUGACUGGGCAGAUGAGCAAGCCCGCAAGAUCCUCACUAACCUCGUCGCAGCCAUGGAGCCCGGUUAUUCGCGCCUCAUUAUCAACGACUAUAUCAUUCCUGAUAGAGACUGUGACUUUCCCACCGCCUGCAUGAGUAUCAUGAUGAUGGUGCAGGUCGGCGCAUUCGAGCGGUCCGAGAAACAAUGGCGCGAGCUGCUCAACUCGGUCGGACUGAAGGAUGUCAUCUUCCACCAGCCACCUGGUAGUGGGGAAGGUAUCAUCGAAGCUAUCAAGUCAUGA